AGAGAGAGAGAGAGAGAGACAGACAGACAGAGAGAAAGAAAGAAAGAAAGAGAGAGAGGAGAGGAGAGAAAGAGAGAGAGAGAGAGAGAGAGAGAGAGAAAGAAAGAAAGAGAGAACGGAAUCCCCGAUGCGGCGGGGUGUCUCGCGCACGUAACGAGCGCAAAUGACGACUUCGAUGUUGCUCAGCUUCAACCCGCCUAUCGUGAAGCGGCUGCUAGGCUGGAAGAAGGCCGAGGGCGAGGACAAAUGGAGCGAGAAGGCCGUCAAGAGUCUCGUUAAGAAGUUGAAGAAGUCGGCGGGUCUCGAGGAACUCGAGAAGGCCAUUACCACGCAAAGCUGCAAUACCAAGUGCAUCACUAUACCGAGGCCUAGCCCGGGUGGCGUGGGCGACAACGGGGUCCAAGGUGUACGAGGCAAGGGUCUCCCCCACGUGAUCUAUUGUCGUCUCUGGCGUUGGCCAGAUUUGCAAUCGCACCACGAGCUAAGGGCGAUCGAGCACUGCGAGUACGCUUUCACGCAAAAGAGGGACGAGGUCUGCGUAAAUCCUUAUCAUUAUCAACGAAUACAAACUCCAGUUUUGCCGGCCAUUCUCGUGCCGCGGCACAAUCUAGCCGGGGACGAGACCGUACUCUACAACACCUCCCUCGAGGAGCUGAGCGUCAGCGUACCGGAAAACACGAGCUUCCACGCGACGUUGAAUCAUCAGCAUCACAAUCAACAAAACAUACCGCAAUCCCCGCAACAACAACAACAACAGCAACAACAACAACAACAGCAGCAGCAACAACAACAACAACAGCAGCAGCAACAACAACAACAACAACAGCAGCAGCAGCAGCAACAACAGCAACAACAACAACAGCAACAACAACAACCAAGCAAUCCAUACCAAGGAAUGCAGAGUAUGCAGGCAACCAGUCCGGCGAGUGUUGGGAGUCUAGGAAGCGUGCAAGGCUCGCCUCAUCCUACGUCGGGAUCUAUGGAUCCUCCAGCUGAUACACCACCACCCGGAUACAUCAGCGAGGACGGCGAUAACAUGGAUCACAACGAUAAUAUGUCUCUAUCCCGCUUAUCACCCAGUCCUGUAGAUGCCCAGCCCGUAAUGUACUGCGAGCCAGCCUUCUGGUGUUCGAUAAGUUAUUACGAGCUAAACACAAGAGUUGGGGAGACGUUUCACGCCUCACAACCAAGUAUCACAGUGGAUGGUUUCACGGAUCCAAGUAAUUCCGAACGCUUUUGUCUUGGUUUGCUCUCGAACGUUAAUCGUAAUAGCGUGGUGGAACAGACCAGACGGCAUAUCGGUAAAGGCGUCAGACUCUAUUAUAUUGGCGGCGAGGUCUUUGCGGAGUGUCUCUCCGAUUCGAGCAUCUUCGUGCAAAGUCCAAAUUGCAAUCAACGUUACGGUUGGCAUCCAGCUACCGUUUGCAAAAUACCACCUGGCUGUAAUCUGAAGAUCUUCAAUAAUCAAGAAUUUGCGGCAUUGUUGUCGCAAUCGGUGUCGCAAGGUUUUGAAGCGGUUUAUCAGCUGACGCGUAUGUGUACGAUCAGAAUGAGUUUCGUUAAGGGCUGGGGAGCGGAAUAUCGAAGACAGACAGUGACAUCGACGCCAUGUUGGAUCGAGUUGCAUCUUAAUGGUCCGUUGCAAUGGCUCGACAGGGUACUCACGCAAAUGGGUUCGCCACGUUUGCCCUGUUCCUCGAUGUCUUAAAUAAUCAUAUAAAGAUCGAAUCAAUGAAAAGGAUUAUGAAGAAA